GCCGUCAUUCCAGCAUCCUCGGAAACACUUUCACCACGGCUGCGCCCCACUUUGCGCGUACUGCAACACUGCCGAUUCGCCUGCCGCACCGACGAUAGUUCCUGCUUGGCCUCGACUUUGACGUCCGCUUGCACAACACCACACCCCGCGCAACCAGCCUCGCCACAGGACGGCACAUCGCCGCACAGGCGCACGACCCACCUACGCACUCCAAGGCCGGCCAUACGUCCAUACACCCACCCGUAAUCGCAUCGUACCGCCGGGAUGCCUCCCCAGAUCAAGUCCGACCUGAACCGCAGCGGCUGGGAGACGACCGACUUCCCGUCUGUCUGCGAAAAAUGUCUCCCCGACAACCCGUACGUGCAGAUGCUGAAGGAAGACCACGGCGCAGAAUGCAAGAUCUGCACACGACCAUUCACCAUAUUCCGCUGGAAAGCCGACCGCACAGCCCGACAGAAGCGCACAAACAUCUGCCUGACAUGCGCGCGCCUGAAGAACUGCUGCCAGUGCUGCAUGCUGGAUCUGUCGUUUGGACUGCCGCUUGUUGUCCGUGACGCGGCGCUGAAGAUGGUUGCGCCCGGGCCAAAGAGCGACAUCAAUCGUCAAUACUAUGCGCAGGAGCACGAGCGGGAGAUUGAGGAAGGCAGAGGAGUUAUGGAAGCAUACGAGAAGACGGACGAGAAGGCGCGCGACCUGCUGAAGCGCUUGGCGCAGAGCGAGCCGUACUACAAGAAGCAGCGACGCCUGGAAGCAGAGGCUGAGGGGAGCGGUCAGAAGGCUCUGCCGGCACCUGGCACUGGCGACGGCUCUGCAUACGGACACACAGGCGGCCCGAUCAGGACGCGGGACGCGCGAGGCGGCGCUAGCAGUGCGCGAGGCGGCAUGAGAGCUGCCAGAGGUGGACGCGCCGGGGGUCCGUCAGCGCCGCCCAACCCGCAAGACUGGCUUCCGCCGUCAGAUCCGAACGUCGCGUCGCUGUUCGUCACUGGCGUCGAGGAUGACCUCCCCGAGCACGAGAUCCGCACCCACUUUGUCCAGUACGGUCAGCUGCGAUCGCUGGUUUGCUCACACCGAGCUCACUGCGCAUAUGUCAACUACGUGAAGAGGGCGGACGCAGAGACGGCUGCGGAAGCGCUGAAGGGCAAGGUGGUCAUCAGAGGGUGUCCGAUGCGCGUCACCUGGGGCAAGCCGAAGCAGCUGGACAGUCUGGACCAGAACAUCAGGAUGCAGUACGCAAAGGAAGGAAGACAGGCCGCGGGCCCAGCGCGGCGACCACAGGCCGUAAUUGAGGCGGCGAAGCCGACUGACUUGGAUAGUCUGGCGCUGGCCCCUCCGCCCUCAGGCGACGAAGAGGCGAGCUACCCCAGUCUGGCAGGAAACUAGUGUACAUGAACGUAGCAUUGGGUCGGCGUUGCAGGCGCAUGGGUAUCACAUUUGGCAGCUUGAAAGCAGUUUAAGACGAGCAGCACUUUUUGCCGCUCCCCA